GCGGCGCUCGCGAUUUUGUCAUCAGAAGGCGCCGUCGCAUCUCCGUUGCCAUGGGUUCAGACGCCACCGCCCCCCGCGUCUCCGGUAAAUGUGCGUCAUCACGAGCCGCCCGCAUCACCGUUCCCAUGGCGAUAGGCUCCGCCCCCUCGCGGCGCCCGCAGUGUUACGUCAUCAGAAGGCGCCGCGGGCGCGGUCAUGGCGGACCCGGCCCGGGAUGUGCUCGGUGCCGCCGCCGCCGCACCGGAGCCCCCCACGGGCUCCUCCCCGCCCGCCAGCGGCGAUGGGGCCGCGGCUGCGGGCGAAGCGGCCGCCGCGGAGGGAGCGGGAGAAGGCGAGGUGGGGGAAGCCGGUGGUGCUGGCGAGCUGAAGGCGGAGGUGGCGGACGGGGAGGUGAGGAGCGCGGACGGGGAGGCGGCGGACGCGGAGGAGCCGGGGCUGCAGGCGGGUGCGGCCAGGAAGGUGAAGCUGGAGCUGAAGGAACGGAAGGAGAAGAAGCAGAAGGUGGACGAGGACGAGAUCCAGAAGAUGCAGAUCCUGGUCUCCUCCUUCUCCGAGGAGCAGCUGAACCGCUAUGAGAUGUAUCGGCGCUCUGCCUUCCCCAAGGCCGCCAUCAAACGGCUGAUCCAGUCCAUCACCGGCACCUCGGUGUCCCAGAACGUCGUCAUCGCCAUGUCGGGCAUCUCCAAGGUGUUCGUUGGGGAGGUGGUGGAGGAAGGUGCUGAAGUGACCACCCUGCUCCUGCUGUGGGCCCUGGCGAGCACAGCUGGCCAAGAACACAACAAGGAAGGGUGAAAGAAGCAGAAACCCCAGCAUGGACCCUCUCCAGAAGUCACCACAAAAGCUGGAGGCUGAAAGCCACCCAGAGAUGAGGAGACAUGGGGUGUCUACCCCACAUCUGACCUGGUGUUGGUGGGCUGACCAUGGCCUGGCUCAGUGCAGCAUUCCCAGGCCAGAGCAGAGCAAACUCCUCCUCAUUCCCCCCAUUUCUCUCAGCCAGGCCCCUCUGUCCCUCCCUCUGCCCAGUCUCUGCAGUCACAGCUGGUUUCAGUCCUGGACUUGGACCCGUUUGGCAGCGAAAUGACCAAACCUGCCCUGCUGGUGCUGGUGCCCUGUCCCUGGCAGUGUCAGAGCUGGAACAGGGGGUUGUACUUCCUGAUCUCCUGCAGAAGGCGAGCCUUGUCCAUGUUGGCUUCUGCCAGGGCCAGUUUCAUGGUCUGGAGCUCCCUCUGCAACUCUGGCACUUGCUUGAGCUGCAGGAGACAAGCAGAGAACAAGGCAGGAGUCUUCAAGGUACACAGUGAGCUGCUCCAAGGAAAACCAAAGCAGGAACUUUUGGGAUCAGUUACACAGCGAGACACAACCACACUGACAGAAAUUCUCUUUUUGGGAACAUCUCGAGUCCUGUUUUUCCAACAAGGAACUGGACACAGUGGGGAAGAUGGAGCCAAUCAGAAAACAACCCCCAACCAGAUUCUGAAAGGGAACAAGUGAGUUCAUGCUGGGCAAGGUGCCCUCACUCCUCAAAACACUCAUGGGAGGAGGCACAGGCUGCUCCUUGGGGCACUCCCUUCCUGCAGCUCACCACACCUGCCCAGGACUGCAAACACACCAAGGCAAAAGAGAAUUUCCAGCGCUCUGUUGUCCAGGCAGCAGUGACUCACCUGCAGCCCACGUGCUCCUGCUGCUGGGGCUGGUGAGACAGACUCUGAUGAGGCCUUCUGCUCCUCAGGGACUGACACAGGUUUUUCCUGUUUCACUGAGUCCUUCCCCUGGGGAGCUGGAAAGCAACAGAACCCACUCAGGUGUGGACAUUCACACACAGGGCUCUCAGAACAAAAAAAAAAAAAAAAAAACAAAAACCCUUAAUUAAUUUAUUUCCUUUUUUAUUCCCCCACUUGUUACACAGGGAAAUAAAAUUCUCUUUCCCCUUUUGCAAUGGAGAAAUAAAAGGUAAU